UACAGGGAAUUUCGUUAAGCGAAUGAUCAAUCGUGAUUGUGUUGGAACGGCUUGUCCGGCGGUUCCUGAAACCCCCUCUAGGAAGCGAAAAUAGGUACAGUGCUGAGUCAGCAGCCUCCCGAACGUGCUAACUCUCCCACCUUCAAGAAUCCGGUCCUCCCUCUCUCCUUCUGACUUUCAAUGUGGCCGACCUCUGCAGCAGCAAGCGUACUUCUUCGUUUAUUUUACCCCAACCUACCAAUAUCAUCUCAACAAUAAUGAAGGCCAAGACAUAUUCUGCCCUUCAGAAAACAUACGAUCAAGCAUACCUCACCCGCUCCACAGCUGUAUUUUACCCCCCCAUUGAUACUCUCCUUCACCUAGCCUAUGGGUGGCCCAUCGACUCCCGGUUGUGCUUAUUUAAUGUCACUAGGUCUAUUACGAAGGUCAAGGCAAUGAGGUAGAAGCCUUACGAUGCUGGCGCGAGUGUCUUGGACAACUCCAGGGCCACAAUUCCGCCGGACAUCGCCCUCGCUCGGAAACAGAACGUACAUUGUUAAGGUCGCUCACAGCAAUGCAGGAUCAGUGCCAGGAGCGAUCGGAACUACUACAAGCGUUAUUGGUCAGCCGAGUGGAGGCAGAGAAUAACGGACACGGCUGGAGAAACAGGGACGCACAACCGGCGACGUCGAGCCUACCGGCUGCUGGUACAGCUGGGAAUGCUAAACCGGCAGUUUUACUUACACCUCCCCCCCCACUUCCGCCUCCGGCCCCUCCGAGAAGACAACCCUCAUCAGGUCCUUCGUCUGUUCGAGAUACUUCGAGGGCUAGUCCUCCAUCCCUUCAUCCCGCUACUACCCCGCCGCAUACUCUCACCCCUUCGUCCUUGUUCCGGACACCAAGCCCUGAGAAAAGAGCUUUCCUAUCCACACUUCGGCCUGCGCGCAAACAGAAGAAGACAGAUUCGAGGAUCAUAAAUGAUGGCCCGGAAGCUGCUGCGAAAGCUGCUACGCUUGCUUGGAGCUCACUAUCUCGAGCUGAGGGUGCACACCUUUCACGAACGAUGACAGAGCCAUCUGCAGACUCCCUACCUGUCCGACAGAGCUUCGUCGCUUCGGCUUCUACGAACGAUUUAUCAUGUGGGCAGCGUGCUUCCACGUUUACGGCGAACCGGCGGCCGAGUCCACCCCCUACUGUACAGCCCCGGACUGGCUUGUCCGGGAUUAAAUCUCGCCCUCACAGCUCCAUUCUCCCGUUGGGGAACCCGCCAUAUCCGGAGGAUAGCGGGCCUCCGGCUCCGCCUCCACACAUACUCUUCCCACCUUCAAGCGAGAAUAUUCGCACCUCGCAUCUAGCUUAUCCGGAGCCUCCGCAAGCCCUGCAGCCUCCGGCUGAGAACGCAUUUCGCUACUCACCCGCUGGUACCCAGAGCCCCCCGACCCUCCCACCGAGAGUUCCCCCAAAGCCUAUCAGGUCUGAGAGGCUUUCUCAUGUAAAUAAUAGCAAACCCAUAAUACCUACACCCGAGCCGGAGCCCAAAGAGGAUUCGGAUUCAGAGUAUUACAAGCCGCCUGCGGCUAUGAAUUCCAGGAAUACGAUUCACCCACCUGCGGCACCUAACGAAGAGGCCAGGUCAACUGGUCCGCCGACACCACCUCCGGAGGAGGAAAAACCGAUUACGUCUACUGCAGAGGAAGAGGUGUCUCCUCCCGCGGAGAAUACACUUGACGAGCGAGUAGCGAAGGCUUUAGAAAGCAUUAGUAAAGGAGUGGAUAUGAAUGCAGCAACGCAGGUCGCGAAUGAAAUUGUUGUUAAGGGGGACGAAGUUCAUUGGGAUGAUGUUGCAGGGUUAGAUGCUGCGAAACUAGCCCUCAAGGAAGCCGUAGUCUACCCAUUUCUGCGACCAGAUUUAUUUAGCGGCCUACGAGAGCCAGCGCGCGGGAUGCUACUAUUCGGGCCUCCGGGUACUGGGAAAACCAUGCUUGCCAGAGCUGUUGCAACAGAGUCCAAGUCUACGUUCUUCUCCAUUUCUGCCUCUUCACUUACAUCCAAAUAUGUAGAUGCCCUCUUCCUUAUCUAAUUAUUGGAUAAUCCUGACUUUCAAAAUAGCUCGGUGAGUCGGAAAAACUCGUCCGUGCACUCUUCGCCCUUGCGAAGGCAAUGGCACCUAGCAUCAUCUUCGUCGACGAGAUCGACUCUCUGCUUUCUUCAAGAAGCGGCUCCGGCGAACACGAAGCGACCCGAAGAAUUAAAACAGAGUUCUUGAUUCAGUGGUCUGACCUCGCAAAGGCUGCUGCGGGGAAGGAAACUGCUGGGGGAGACGCGUCCAGAGUCCUUGUCCUCGCUGCGACCAAUUUACCCUGGGCAAUUGACGAAGCCGCACGCCGGCGUUUUGUCCGACGACAGUAUAUACCGUUACCCGAAGACGAGACGAGGAAAAAGCACUUGCAGAACCUUCUAGGACAUCAAAAACAUCACCUCAGUGCUGAGGACAUGGAGAAGCUGAUUGAGCUCACGAAUGGUUUGCUCCCCCUAACCCUAUUUCACCAAAUUCGGACUGCGAUUAACGUUAUCACAGGGUUCUCCGGCUCAGACAUAACCGCCCUGGCGAAAGACGCGGCAAUGGGCCCACUCAGGAGCCUCGGCGAGGCACUGCUGCAAAUGCAAAUGGACGAUAUUAGACCGAUCGCGUUUGAGGACUUUGAAGCGAGCCUUAAGUCGAUAAGGCCGAGUGUGAGUAAGGAGGGAUUGCAGGCGUUUGAGGAUUGGGCCAAGAGGUUUGGGGAAAGGGUUUAG